CAUGGAUGCAUUAGUCCCCGCCCCGGCAGCUCACUCAACCCGACCUGAAGAGAAGGCGAGUCCACGGCUAAAAAUAUAAAAGCUAACACAAGAUGGCCGGUUUGCCUCGUAGGAUUAUCAAGGAGACACAGCGGUUGAUGGCAGAGCCUGUUCCAGGGAUCACGGCUACGCCUGAUGAAGGGAAUGCACGUUACUUCCAUGUGGUCAUUGCAGGGCCUCAAGACUCUCCCUUUGAAGGAGGCACAUUUAAACUUGAACUAUUUCUUCCAGAAGAGUAUCCCAUGGCAGCUCCCAAAGUGCGAUUCAUGACCAAAAUCUACCACCCCAAUGUCGACAAACUGGGAAGAAUAUGUUUAGACAUUUUGAAAGAUAAGUGGUCUCCAGCCCUGCAAAUCCGCACAGUGUUGCUAUCUAUCCAGGCGUUAUUAAGUGCUCCCAAUCCAGACGAUCCCCUGGCAAAUGAUGUUGCAGAGCAGUGGAAGAAAAACGAAAGCCAUGCCAUUGAGACAGCCCGAACAUGGACCAGGCUCUACGCGGGCAACACUGAAGUAUAGAAGAAGAGAGACGAGGCGUCUGAAUGUGAUCCACAAAAUGUACUCCUAUUCUGUCAACAUUUGAAUUUAAACGGACACAAAAAAAGAGAAAAAAAAAUAAGAUUAUAAGUCCAAAUCUAUUUGAAAGAAAUGACAAGAUUUACUGCUGCAGACCUCUGGGUGACUUAUUUUCCUCUGUAAGACGCGUUAAAUGUGUGUUAGCCUUUUUUCUUUCUUUUUUUUUUUUUUUUUUUCCUGUGUUGCUAUUUAAAUGCAUGGACAGAGAAUGACACCCUCCCCACUACAGUCUUAAAAAGAACGUGUUCAAAUAACAUGCGAUAUGUUGUCCUGAACUCGGCACAUACUGGUACGUUUGCAAGAAUAUACAUGCAUUAAAGCUGUCCUUCUUUUAACACA